UCUAAUCAACUUUCUUCUCCACUCUAAAAAGCUUUGUUAGUUACUCCAUUUGUCAGCACUCAGUUAAUUUUUCUGGUUUAGAGAGAUAAACACUAGGUUUCUAGAGAGAGAUGGAGCUCGAUUUGACACCGAAGGUUGCGAAGGAGAUCUACGGCGGAGAUGGCGGCGCGUACUACGCGUGGUCCCCUAUCGAGCUGCCGAUGCUCCGCGAAGGCAACAUCGGCGCCGGAAAGCUCUCUCUUGUGAAGAACGGAUUCGCUCUGCCUCGCUACUCCGAUUCUGCUAAGGUUGCUUAUGUUCUUCAAGGUAGUGGAGUUGCUGGCAUCAUUCUCCCAGAGAAAGAAGAGAAGGUACUCGCAAUCAAGAAGGGAGACGCCAUUGCCCUUCCAUUUGGCGUGGUAACAUGGUGGUACAACAAGGAGGACUCUGAUCUAGUUGUCCUUUUCCUCGGAGACACCUCAAAGGCCCACAAAUCCGGCUCCUUCACCGACUUUUUCCUCACCGGCACCAACGGAAUCUUCACUGGAUUCUCAACCGAGUUUGUGGGAAGGGCGUGGGACUUGGACGAGAGUGUUGUCAAAACCCUCGUCGGGAGCCAAAAGGGCAACGGCAUUGUCAAGCUCGACCCGAGCCUGAAGAUGCCAGAGCCCAAGAAGGAGCACUACAACGGCAUGGUACUGAACUGCGAGGAAGCUCCACUUGACGUGGACAUCAAGAAUGGUGGGAAAGUGGUGGUCCUCAACACCAAGAACCUGCCUUUGGUGGGCGAGGUGGGGCUCGGUGCUGAUCUCGUGAGGCUGGACGGUAAAGCCAUGUGCUCCCCGGGCUUCUCCUGUGACUCUGCCCUGCAGGUGACCUACAUUGUUAGGGGAAGUGGCCGAGUGCAGGUUGUUGGAGUCGACGGCAAGCGCGUCUUGGAAACGACCAUCAAGGCCGGAGAUCUCUUCAUUGUUCCGAGGUUCUUUGUUGUCUCCAAAAUUGCUAAUGAUGAGGGCAUGGACUGGUUCUCCAUUAUCACAACUCCCAAUCCUAUAUUCACACAUUUGGCCGGAAGGACUUCGGUGUGGAAGGCGCUGUCGCCGGAAGUGCUGCAGGCAUCUUUCAACGUGCCACCACAAGUUGAGGAGAAGUUCACCUCCAAGAGGAAGGCUGAGGAGAUUUUCUUCCCACCACCAAAUUAAUCAACGCUUCUUUCCUUUCUCUGUUUCUAUGUUCUUUUUUUAUGGAUUUGAAUCAUUUUAGUUCUUUUUCCGUUCAUUUUAGGAUUUGAUAUAUUCUGCAUAUUGGUUAUAUUUUGAGUUUUUUUUUUUUGCAAUAAAGUGUUUUUUCCUAA